CCAUGUUUCUUCGCGUCGACCUCCUUGGUGAGCGUGAAGAGAACAGGGACACUCCCUCACCGCGACCAAUCGGCACCGAUCCCAUCUGCUGUAACAAGCGCGAGCAUAUGCAGAACAACGAGCUUUGAUGGUUGUGCUUUUGCAUGUGCGCGGCUACUGCCGGGGUCAUCGCGUGUGUCGCAAUCUGCACCUAGUCGCAGAAAAUUCCAUCCACUGCAGCGCCAACCACGCUAUCGUCGUCUCCGAAGCUUCCAUUCCUCGCACAACCUGCUACCGCGCGGAAACAUGUCGUUUGGAGUGUUUGCCUUGUGUUUGGUUGAGCAAGGCGACGUGGGCGCCAGUGUCAGACAUGAGACGGACGACCGUUCGAUUGUGUUCUGGAGCUCUGCAUGCAUCAAUCACGUGCAUCACGUGCGGACGUAUACAGGUCACGUGGCCCACACUCGUACCCCGCCAUCUAAAAGUCAUUGACUGCACGUGCGCAUUUGGCGUAGUGACGUACAUAAUACGACGUCCCAACAAUCCAGUGGAGAUGUACGGAUUUGAGAUAUGUUGA